UGUACGGGAUAGAUCACGGCGCAGGAAGGUCGUCGUUUAGUCGCGUUCCUCGACUGAAGGUGUGUGAGUGUUUGUGUGUUCGGAUUUUUUUUCUGUGAACUGGAAAAAAGGAGACUUUUCCUCGGAAAAGGCACCCCUCAAGGGCAUUCGGAUUAUUGGAUUUACGUGCCGGACGACGGGUCACUCUUUGGGAUAAACCCCCCAAAAAUACGUCGAGUCGGGUCGCGAAUCUCAGCCCCAAAGCAAUAACAACAAAAUUUCUCCCCCUCACACACACACACACAAUCAAAGCUGAGCAUUUCUCUUCCGUGAGAGCGGUGCAGGACUUUCUCUCACUCUCGCGAAGGAAGUUCGUUCGCGCCACUUCGGAAAUCUGUACUAGUGUGCGUGUGUGUGUGAAAGCAACGUGCAGUGGGUGGCGCGCGACUUGGCGACUUGGCGAUUGUUUAUUUACCAGUCCCGUUCAGCAGCAGUUGGGUGAAGGCCGUCGCUGCAGAAAGGCUGCCAGUGUUGAAGAGAGCACGGAACGAGGACGCAAGGAUCCUUUGGAGGGGAUCAUCUGGUUUUCGGGGGGAGUUGGUGUGUGUGUUCUCCAGGUUUAAGAGGGGUUGGGAGAAAGGUUGAAAGGGCAGACCUCAGCUGGAUGUUCCAGGAUUCAGGAUGAUGGCUAUAAAUCAAUGAUUGGAGUGUUCUGCAACGGGGGAAAAAAGUGAAGUGCAAAGAAGUGGUGAACCUGUUCAGGAGCAGUGCAAAGUGUGCGGAAAUGAUUGCAUAAGUUCUUUUGUUCUCGAGUAGUAGCAUAAUUGUGAGAAGCAGCAUCGUGUAAGGAAGAAAACACGAGCCAGGUUGGGAAAACGUGAAGAGAAAAUCGAUGGUUGAUGGUGCAGUUGAAGUGAUACCUAAGAAAUUCAACCUACAAUAGCAAAGCUUGAAUAGUACAACUUCGUACAAACGCACAAAAGGAGGAGGGCCUAGUGUAGUGUCCUUUUCGAAGGGGUUUCCACCUGUGGUGUGCGAGGGUGAAUGUUGAAAAUGUCCUCCAUAUCCGCUCAGGGAGUGGUUGAGCGAGCCUCGGCCGAGCUUUCGAAGCGCAUCAACGGCCUUGGGCUGCGCUCGAAGCACCACCACAGCAGCGGAAGCAGUAAAUCUGGCGAGAAGACAAGCGUGAUGGAACGCGUCACCAACGUGCUGUGCGGCGGAUCCAGCAGCAACAACGCGUCGGCACAAUCGGCCGCCGCAGCCAACGCUGGCAACGCCCCUGGCGCCGGAGGCGCUCCAGAAAAGCCAUCACGAAUAUCCGGCGGCGGUGGAACGAUCGCCGUGUCCAACAGCGGGAAGGGAUCAUCCGCCAACAAGUCCCAGUCCAACACACCCCAAAGCAUCCGGAAGAUCCCGCACCAACACCACGCCGGAAUGAAUCACCACGGAAAAAUGAUCGCCGCAACUCCGCCACCGCCCCAGAUAACCACGAUCGAACAGCUGCUGCAGGACGAACGUUUCCUGAACCGCUUCUUCCUCUACUUUUCCUCCUUCGAGCGGUGCACGCUGGCUCAGGUGUGUCAAAAGUGGCGCGACAUGCUCUAUCGAUCGCCGCGCUACUGGUCUGGGCUGGUUCCGGUGCUGCAGUGUCGCGAACUGCGGCUGACCUCCAACCAGGACCGCGUGAAGCUGUACAAUUCGCUUAUUCGGCGCAGCUUCCACGCCAUCUGUCUGAUGGGCGCUACCGAUGAGGACGCGCUGGAUCUGGUGCACUCGUUUCCGCUGGCGUCCAAACACGUGCACUCGUUGAGCUUGCGGUGUGCGUCGAUCAGCGAUCGUGGGCUGGAGGCGCUGCUGGAUCAUCUGCAGUCACUGUUCGAGCUGGAGCUGGCAGGAUGUAACGAAAUCACCGAAGCCGGCCUGUGGGCCUGCCUGACGCCCCGGAUAGUGUCCCUGUCGCUGGCGGACUGCAUCAACGUGGCCGACGAAGCGGUCGGAGCCGUUGCACAACUGUUGCCUUCACUGUACGAGUUCUCGCUGCAGGCGUACCACGUAACGGAUGCAGCCCUUGGUUAUUUCUCGCCCAAACAAAGUCACAGCCUAAGCAUCCUACGGUUACAGUCCUGCUGGGAACUCACGAACCACGGAGUGGUGAAUAUCGUGCAUUCGCUGCCCCACCUCACAGUAUUAUCGCUCUCGGGCUGCAGCAAGGUGACGGACGACGGUGUCGAGCUGAUCGCCGAGAACCUGCAGAAGCUGCGCGCCCUGGACCUGUCCUGGUGUCCGCGGAUAACGGACGCCGCCCUCGAGUACAUUGCCUGUGAUCUGAACCAGCUGGAGGAGCUGACCCUUGACCGCUGCGUCCACAUAACCGACAUCGGCGUCGGCUACAUCUCGACGAUGCUGUCCCUGUCGGCGCUGUUUCUGCGCUGGUGCACCCAAAUCCGGGACUUUGGCCUGCAGCACCUGUGCUCGAUGCGGAACCUGCAGGUGCUGUCGCUGGCCGGCUGCCCCCUGCUCACCUCGUCCGGCCUGUCCAGCCUGAUUCAGCUGCGCCACCUGCAGGAACUGGAGCUGACCAACUGUCCGGGCGCGUCCCAGGAGCUGUUCGACUACCUGCGGGAGCACUUGCCGCGCUGUUUGCUGAUCGAAUAAUGAUCCGGUUGUUGUUAAGGGUUGGUCCCCUCCCCCCCAAGCUACUGUUGUGUCCACCCCCCCCCGCUCCCAACUCGAGGAAGAGAGCAGAGCAAGGCAAAUUUGUAUAGAGAGAAAAGCAAACAUUUACCUGAGGCGUGUUUACUUAAAGCCGUUUUGCAAGUGAUUACAAAUAAGUUGACAAAUUAAGCAUAAUUAAAAAAAAAGCCCGCGUUACGCUAAGCAAAUGAAGAGACAGAUUACUUUUAAUGCCACCGUUGCCACUUUGGAUAAUUGUGUGAUCCCCUCAACCACAACCCCCUCUAUUUCCACUUCUAGAAGCAAAGAGAGACAUCCUAACAAGCGCUAAUCCGCACAGCUUGUACUCAGAUAGGCAAAUUAGAUCCGUACAAUUAUAGUCUUCGGAGAAGCGCGAGCGCGCACGUGGGAUUCACGUUGAAGGAGGGAAUCGUUAUAAUUGAUUGGCUGGCGUGAAAGUUCGUUUUCCGAUCCCCAGCACCCACGUGGCAAUCAAUCAGUAGAGGGUGAGUAGGAUGGUACCAGCAGAAAUUGUUUACCCACCACUUCGCGACUCUAUUUGAUAGAGUCUAUAACAAUUGUUUAAUGUGAGACUUGAGCAGACACGAAGAAAGGGUAGAUUUUUUUUAAUUUCCAGAUUUGCAAGACGAUGUUUUUUGUUGGAAGUUAUAAAUGAUGCCAAAUGAAGAUGGAUAUAACGUGUCAAUGACCCUGACCACGUGCCAGCUCUCUGAAUACGCGCUAGUCUUAACUGCCUGACACUGAAGAAUUCCCAACUCUCAAGAAUCUUUACUAAUGAGCCUUCUGUCACGCCCUUUCUAAUAGUGACACUCUGCUGUUACAAUGUCUCCCUCUCCCCAGUCCAGUAGAAAGCUAAUUAAAUUAGGACGAUGCCUUUGAUUACUGUGGCCCGGCCAUGCUUCCAGCUUUGAACCUCUGAGCAGCUUUCGCGAUAAUGAACCCAUCAUUGUUCCGUCUUUCUUGUCCGGACAGUAACCAAACCCUUCUUUUCUCCAUACAAAAAGAUGUCACACUUCGAUGGUCUUCAUUGGAUCUGUUGUACGGAAGUCGAUGUAAGGAUGUAAGGUGUUCAUUGGAAGACAAAAAAAAACCAUUUCAAGCAACUUCAAGCAAAGUGUCUACAUGUUUCAAGCUGUUUCUACGAAUUUGCGUGACGAUUGGUGUACACACUACUAAUGCGAUAAUGGCUGUGUAGAUAUAAACAAAAAUAUGUCGUAAAAAAGCCCCUCGAGAUUAGUUUCCGUUGAGCUAGCUUAUAGAAGUGAUUUUCGUCGUCCCCUUUUCCCUCAAACUCGUUUGUGACCAUUUUUGACGAGAGUGCAAUUUGUGCAGCGUGUGUCGAAGUCGAAUUUUGUGAGUCGUUUUAAUCAAAUCAUACUAAGAGAAACAUAGUUUAUUAAAACAAAGCUAAUCACGGUUAGUAAUAUUACCAAAAACAAACAAACAAAAACGCUAAACUAAGGAAAAACCCCUCCCCCCACAAACAAAACAAAAAAAAAUUGUUAUGAUACAUUACCCUACUGUAAAGUGUUGGAAGCGCUGAAAUUAACGGCAGAAAAAA